UUGAAGUAGAAAUCCAUAUCACAUUUCAAAGUUGAGAAAUCAGAAGCAAGUAAACACACCAAACUGAAAUCUCUGCUGAAUUACAUUCUUCCGAUCUCCCAUUAAUUCAUCUCUCAAAUUUCCAGCAAUUUUGGGCAUUCAGAUUUCGUAAUUGCAUGGGGGUAUCUUGGUCAUGUCCACUCGCGGUUUAUUUUGAUUUGGAGAAUGCUUUAGAAUCUGCUGCUGUAAAAUCAUUCAACCUAAGUGACAAUGAACAGAACUCUCCGGUUCGAUCUGUUAGCCUCGAACGCAAAGAUUCCGAACCAAGAAUUCUGCAGUCAUCAGGUUCCGGUAAACUGUUGAGAGAAGGAUCUAUUAGGUACAGAUCAAGAAAAGCUCCAACCACGAGAUUUACCGAAAUGCCACCAGAAAAUAUCACGAUUGGGAUAGUCCCGAAUUCCUGUGUUUUGGAUCCGAUAAGCCCUAAACACGAGGCUGCUUUAAAGUUGCAGAAGGUUUACAAAAGCUUUCGGACUAGACGAAAGCUAGCGGAUUGUGCGGUCCUUAUUGAGCAGAGUUGGUGGAAGCUGUUGGAUUUUGCAGAGCUCAAGCACAGUUCGAUUUCGUUUUUCGAUAUCGAGAAACACGAGACUGCCAUUUCUCGAUGGUCAAGAGCAAGAACAAGGGCAGCCAAGGUAGGAAAAGGCUUAUCGAAGAACAGCAAAGCUCAGAAACUUGCUUUACAGCAUUGGCUUGAAGCUAUUGAUCCGCGACAUCGUUAUGGGCACAACCUACAUUUCUAUUACGUGAAGUGGUUGAACUCUCAAAGCAAAGAACCAUUCUUCUACUGGCUGGACAUAGGGGAAGGAAAAGAGGUUAUUAUAGAAAAAUGCCCUCGUCCGAAGCUUCAACAACAGUGUAUCAAGUAUCUCGGUCCUAUGGAGAGAAAGACUUACGAAGUUGCAAUGGAAGAAGGGAAACUCUUUUAUAAGGAAACGGGGGAGUUUUUGGACACCACAAACGAACCAAAGGGCUGUAAAUGGAUCUUUGUCCUAAGCACAUCGAGGACUUUAUACGUAGGAAAGAAAACGAAAGGCUCGUUUCAACACUCAAGUUUCUUGGCUGGAGGAGCUACACUUGCUGCUGGGAGGAUUUUGGCUGAAAAGGGCAUCUUAAAGGCAGUGUGGCCUCACAGUGGUCACUAUCGACCAACACCCGAAAAUUUUCAGGAUUUGAUCUCAUUUCUCAUGGAGAAUAAUGUCGAUCUUACCGAUGUUAAGCUCGAUUCGACCGACGAUGAAGAAGAAGAAUCUAUCCGAAAACACAUGAGAAACAACUCCUCAGAAGAUGACUUAGCUGGAAAAGAGCAACUCGAAACAGAAGAAAACGAUACCGAAAACUCAGGACAAGAAAAUGAAUUAAGGAUGUUGUCACAGGGUUUAAGCAAACUUAGCACUCUUCAAAUACCGAGUAACGACGAUUUACUAGACAAGUUGAAGAGUGAAAACGAGAUAUCCGAAUCGUUAACUUCCGGAAGCUUCCUCCUCGAUGAAAACAUGUCCGAAGACCAAGACGAGACUAUUACGGAACAUUCCGUUCUCGAAAGAAUCAAUUCUCACAAAGGAAUGAAGUCCUUCCAAUUAGGGAAGCAGCUUUCUUGCAAGUGGAGCACAGGGGCUGGACCUAGAAUUGGUUGCUUGAGAGAUUAUCCCUCGGGGCUACAAUCCCAUGCAUUGGAGCAAGUGAAUCUAUCUCCAAGAAGUAACCGGAGAUUAAGAUUCGAUUUUCCUUCUAGAACAUCAACACCGAACAGCAGUAGUCUUUCUCGUAGCAACAGUCACAGUCUCGAAAACAGCUUUCAAUUGUAAAGCAGAGAUUCGAUUUAUUCUUUAAUUCGUUUCAUUCUUUUUUUGUGAAUAGAAAGAAUGAUAGUCGUAGGAAUUCAUUGAAGAUUCUUUUCGAUACAGGAAUUAUUACUCCAUUUUCCCAUUUUCUUUUAUUCCUCUCAUCCUAUAUGAAACAGGGUGAGAAAGCAUUGUAAAAUUUUGUGGGUUUUUUAUGCCCUUUCAGUUUAAAAGGAAACUUCGAUUGA